GGAGAGGGUACAAGCCCCACCUAGGGUGGUGGCCACAGCAGCAAGGGGCAGACAGAGCCAGGAGCCUGGGAAGGAAGCAGGAUGGCAGCAGGGGCAGCAGCUGGAGCCUGGGUGCUGGUCCUCAGUCUGUGGGGUGAGCCCUGCCCCCCCACACCAAUCCUCCCCGCAGAAAGCACUCUGCCCCUGUCCCCGAAACUCCCCACAACUUUCCAGGAAACUGGGUACUGCUUUUCAGUCUCCCUCAUCCACGCUGUUCUAGUUUUAUUAGCUCCCAUCUCCCUUCCUGCCCCUCCAUUGUGGUGCUGUCUCCCAGGGGCAGUAGUAGGGGAUCAAAACAUCACAGCCAGGAUCGGGAAGCCACUGGUGCUGAACUGUAAGGGGGCCCCCAAGAAACCACCCCAGCAGCUGGAAUGGAAACUGGUAAGUGGGGCUCCUGUCUCCCCACUUCCGGAGAGACCAAUGACGAUUCGCAUCCCCUCCUCCCCACCUCCCCACCUCCCUACCUCAUCAGCCCUUUCCCAAAGGGCUUGCACUGUUGAGGCCCCUCUCCUCUGUCCCCAGAACACAGGCCGGACAGAAGCUUGGAAGGUCCUAUCUCCCCAGGGAGGCCCCUGGGAUAGCGUGGCUCGUGUCCUCCCCAACGGCUCCCUCCUCCUGCCGGCUGUGGGGAUCCAGGAUGAGGGGACUUUCCGGUGCCGGGCAAUGAGCCGGAAUGGAAAGGAGACCAAGUCCAACUACCGAGUCCGAGUCUAUCAGAUUCCUGGGAAGCCAGAAAUUGUUGAUCCUGCCUCUGAACUCAUGGCUGGUGUCCCCGAUAAGGUGGGGACAUGUGUGUCCAAGGGGGGCUACCCUGCAGGGACUCUUAGCUGGCACUUGGAUGGGAAAACCCUGAUACCUGAUGGCAAAGGAGUGUCUGUGAAGGAAGAGACCAAGAGACACCCUGAGACAGGGCUUUUCACACUCCGUUCGGAGCUGAUGGUGACCCCAGCCCGGGGAGGAGCUCCCCACCCCACCUUCUCCUGUAGCUUCAGCCCUGGCCUUCCCCGGCGCCGAGCCCUGCACACGGCCCCCAUCCAGCUCAGGGUCUGGGAUGAGCGCAGAACUGGGGAGGGCCCCAACUUGGGUGAGCACCUGUCGGAAGAGCCUGUGCCACUGGAGGAAGUCCUGUUGGUGGUGGAGCCAGAAGGUGGAGCAGUAGCUCCUGGUGGUACCGUGACCUUGACCUGUGAAGCCCCUGCCCAGCCCCCUCCUCAAAUCCACUGGAUCAAGGAUGGCGUGCCCCUGCCCCUGCCCCCCAGCUCCGUGCUGCUGCUCCCUGAGGUAGGGCCUGAGGACCAGGGAACCUACAGUUGUGUGGCCACCCAUCCCAGCCACGGGCCCCAGGAGAGCCAUGCUGUCAGCGUCAGCAUCAUCGAAACAGGCAAGGAGGGGCCAACUGCAGGCUCUGUGGAAGGGCCGGAGCUGGGAACUCUAGCCCUGGCCCUGGGGAUCCUGGGAGGCCUGGGGACAGCCGCCCUGCUCAUUGGGGUCAUCAUGUGGCAAAGGCGGCAACGCAGAGGAGAGGAGAGGAAGGCCCCAGAAAACCAGGAGGAGGAAGAGGAGGAGCGCACGGAGCUGAAUCAGCCCGAGGAGCCUGAGGCGGCAGAAAGCAGUGCAGGAGGGCCUUGAGGAGCCCACAGCCAGACCCCAUCCAUCAGCUCCCUUUUUUUUUCCCACCCUCUUUUCUGGCCCCAGACCAGUUCUCCCCUGUAUAAUCUCUACCCCACCUCCCCAAACUUUCUUCCACAACCACAGCCUCUCACAAACAGUGAUGAGUAAACA